CGACGAACAAUAAUUCCGGGCAACAUGUCGGUAGCAAGGCAUAUUCGAUCCGUCGUGAAGGCAGAGUCGCUUAAGUCGCUGAGGACUCUUGCUUUAGGCGCGACCGCCGGGGCUCAGGCUCGUGCCGUUUUCACCGCGUCUAAGUCAACACGGGCAGCCUUCGCAUCACGAAGACAUUACUCUACUGCCACCGAAGAAGUAGAUACUUCAUCUGAGUUACCUGCAAUUAAUGAGUACGACGCACCACCGAAGGCAGCAAAUGUACCCCAUUACGAAGCACACGCCGCCGUAAUCCUCACCCGAGGCCCCAUCAUCACCAAAGAACUUACCCCCUUCGAGAAGGAGUACUUCCAAUACCAGCGCAGGCUCGCCGACGAAAUCUCCUCACCAUUCCCAGUGGACUUCUACUUCAAGAAAGGAUCACUCGCCGAGAAGAGAUGGCUUGCGGCUGCUGAGGCGAGGAAGAAGGGCGUGGCUGCGGUUCAGGCACCGACACAGGAGGAGAUCGAGAGAGGAGCGCCGACUGGAUCUGAACGUGUUUUCGAGGAGGAGGCGGGUUUGGGGGAGAAGUUGGCUCAGCCCAGACAGACUGAUGCGGACAAGAAGAAUGAUAUCACAGCUUUGGACAGGAAGCUUGACCAGAAUUUGUAUUUGUUGGUGAAGGAGAAGGACGUCUGGAGGUUCCCCUACGGUCCCGUUGGGGCGGUGGAGGCUCUUCACGAGACUGCUGCGCGUCGAUUGGAUGAGACCUGUGGUGUUGACAUGAACACAUGGUUCGUCAGCAGACACCCCGUCGGUGCUAUGAAGUUCAAAUUCAGGAGCCCUGUCGCGGGCCCCAAAUUCUCGUAUGUCGGUAGGCGUACUUUCUUCUUGAGGGGACGUAUUUUCGCCGGACAGGUAAAGUUGAGCAACGAGUAUCAGGAGUUUGCAUGGUUGACGAAGGAUGAGAUUAAGGAGAGGGUGAGCCAGACUUACUGGGACGGUGUUGGUGCUAUGCUUAUAUAGAGGAAGAAGUGGGG